AUGUUGUUCUUCAAACUCAUCACAACUGCUCUCUUCUACUUCACCUCUCUUGUCGCAGCUGCCGACACGAGCGCCUGGAAGUCUCGCAGCAUCUACUUCGUUCUCACCGACCGCAUCGCUCGCAGCAGUAGCGAUACUGGCGGCGGAGCAUGCAGCAAUCUUGGCAACUACUGCGGCGGAACCUUCAAGGGUCUCGAGUCUAAACUCGACUACAUCAAAGGGCUAGGAUUCGAUGCCAUCUGGAUCACCCCGGUCGUUGCAAACAAGGCUGCUGGAUACCAUGGCUACUGGGCUGAGGAUCUCUACUCGAUCAACUCAAACUACGGUUCUGCUGCCGACUUGAAGAGCUUGGUCAGCACUGCUCAUGCUAAGGGCAUCUAUGUCAUGGUCGAUGUUGUGGCCAACCACAUGGGCCCAGGUGCGAUCACCAACAACAAGCCUUCGCCACUAAACCAGCAAUCCUCAUACCACUCCGCCUGCGAUAUCAACUACAGCAACCAGGGCAGUAUCGAGCAGUGCCAAAUUGCCGGUCUCCCGGACAUCAACACUCAGUCCACGGAGAUCCGCAGCCUGUUGAACACUUGGGUUUCUUGGCUUGUCAAGGAAUACAGCUUCGAUGGCGUUCGAAUCGACACCGUCAAGCACGUUGAGAAAGACUUCUGGCCUGGCUUCUCUGCUGCAACUGGCGUGUACAGCAUCGGCGAAGUGUUCGAUGGCAACCCGACUUACCUUGCUGAGUACGCCAAGCUUAUGCCCGGUCUUCUGAACUACGCGACCUACUACCCCAUGAACAACUUCUACCAACAGACCGGUUCCGCUCAGGCGCUUGUAGACAUGAUGAACACCGUCAGCAACACUUUCCCUGACCCAUCCGCUCUCGGCACCUUCCUCGACAAUCACGACAACAAGCGUUGGUUGAACGUAAAGAACGACCAGACUCUGCUCAAGAACGCCCUUGCUUACGUCAUCCUCGCGCGAGGAAUUCCCAUCCUCUACUAUGGUACCGAACAAGGCUAUGCCGGUGGUGACGACCCAGCCAACCGAGAAGACCUCUGGCGAAGCGGCUUCAACACUAACGCGAAUCUCUACCAGGCCAUCAAGAAGCUGACUGCUGCAAGGAAGUCUGCAGGAGGUCUUGCCGGUAACGAUCACACCCACUUGUAUGUAGCGGACAACGCCUACGCCUGGAGCCGCGCAGGUGGCAACCUUAUCGUUCUCACCACAAACGCUGGAAGCAGUUCCAACCAGCAACAUUGCUUCAACACCCAGAAGGCUAACGGAAAAUGGAGCAACGUCUACGGAAACGGCGCUGCUGUUACUGCCGACGGCAGCGGUAAGAUCUGUGUGACAGUCAGCAAUGGCGAACCCAUCGUUCUUGUUGCUGGCGCUGCUACGCCCACCACUGGAACCACUCUUACCACCAAGACUGCCACUGCUACUGGAACAUCAACUGCAUGCCCAACAGCUGUUUCGGUUUCUUUCACCCACCGCAUCACCACUGUUCCUGGCGACACUAUCAAGAUCACCGGUAACACUGCGCAGCUGGGUAACUGGACACCUGCCAGCGGCCUUACUCUCUCCGCAAGCAGCUACACCACUAGCAACCCGGUCUGGACGAUCACCGUGCCAUUGGCAGCAGGUUCAGCCAUCCAAUACAAAUUUGUGAAGAUCAGCAGCAGUGGAACGAUCACAUGGGAGAGUGAUCCUAACAGGAGCUACACUGUGCCCAAAUGCCAGGCGAGUGCCAGUCUGAGCAGCUCAUGGCAGUAG